UACUUCAUUUUUUUCUUCACAAUUCAAAGCCGUUCCCAUGUGUCUUAAUAAACUGGAUCUGAUAUUGCUCUGUCAAAAUCCGUAAAUGAUAAAGAAUGACAGCGCAUAUCAACGAUCAUCCUACCUGCAUACGCUGCAUACGGGGGUGCUUGUAUCUCUUACAAACGCAAAGGGUUUUGUUUUGUUUUUCCUCGCCCUGGCGACCGCAGGCCGAGCGAGGAUACGAGACGAGACGCAUUGAGCAGCUGCUCAUUGUUGCCGACUAUCCGCGCCGCUUCUCCCGACGAGGGUCGCGGGUCGCGGCUGAGCCGGAGCCCCCGGUUAUCCCUGCUGACUUUGGACGAGAGACAGGGUACGCCCUAAAAGGAUCGCCAGCCAAUCUCAGGGCGCAUCUAGACAAACACAUUCACACCUCGAGUCAAUGUAGAGUCGUCCGUCUCCUAACCUAAGAAACGUGUUUUGUGACGUGGGUGUAAGCCGGAGUCCUGGAGAAAACCCACGCAAGACCUCAGAACCGCUCUACACUGCGCUGACCCCCUGGUGUCUUUUUUUGCCCCUCUCUUUGAAAAGUGUUGAGCAACAUACGAGUGACUUUUGUGGCGUGACCGGAGACAUCUGCAGACUCUGCCACAUUGGCACUGCCAAUGAGGGGUGCUUCUGCAACGUCAUCACUGGCUAAUUUAACUCCUAAUAAUAAUAAUAAUAAUAACAAUAAUAUUGUGAUGUCACUUCAAUACAGCUCUCUCACCGACGCAGUUUACGAAAUAGGCAAAUAGCAAAAGCUUGACUUUAAUUUCACACUUGAUUGGGUGGGCGGGAGACUAUUUUGAUCUAAACAAAUAAAAAGUCCAUUUCUCCAUCAUGUAUGUGUUGUCUCCACCCCUACACUUCGGAAUUGCCCAUUAACUUUUAAACAUGGGUAAAAUAUACUCACUUGUAUUUAAAGUAAAUUUUCAUGUCAUUUGUUCGAUUACCAUAAACACACACACACACAAUCUUGUGUAGCAGGUUUUUAUGCUACCUUGCUUUUAUCUGGGUAAAUGCAACCCAAAAAAGGAACCGCGACGACACCAAGAUGCGUUUGGGUUCGUUUUCAUUGAAAUCCUGUUUGUCAAAAAUUUCCAACACCGAACGAUAGACAUUUUGGCAUGAAAAGUUUGAACAAUGUCUUAAACAAUUCUGACCUUUUGACGGAAAACAACUGCCGAUAAUUCAAAUACUCCUAUCAGUAAAAAGAAUAGAUUUUCAGUGGGAAAAUCAUCUUGAUCAUAAUUGUUUCAACGAUAUGAAAAGGACCCUCACCCUCUGUGUGGAAAAGUGAGCAGAACGGCCAACAUUAUUAUUUUUGCUUCACUACAUUUGCGAAAUGUAGGAUUUCUGGAGUCAUUAUGGCCAAUAUCAGGCCUACAUCAAAUUUUGGAACAGUAUACAAAUUCAAAAUAUGAAUGAAGAGGAAAAAAGAUGAAGCCCAGUAGGAUAUGCCUAUUUGUGUUUCAAUAUGAAAAUCAGUCGGUGUGCUUUGUAAAUGAUGCAAAUGAAUGGAAAGCAGGCAAAUACUGUAUGCCUGACUCACAGCACUCAAUUCUGUUACCUUGCCUCAGGAUUGUAUACAUUUUAGUACAAAAUAAGUCGGCAUGGUGAAUGAAGCGAGUAGCACGUCUGCCUCACACUUCGGCGGUUUUCCCGUGUGGAGUUUUGUUCCCCCCCGUGCUCGCGUUGGUUUUCUUUGUGGACUCCGGUUUCCUCCGACGACAAAGCACGUUAGGUUAUUUGGAGACUCUAGAUUGCCAAUCCAAAUUCUGCAUUCUGAAAAACCCUUCCUUCCAGCACGGCGGGCAAAUGGUGGAACCCAAUAGGAGCUGACCGGGACAAAGCACCUGUAGGAACUUUAAACGUCGACAAUGUCUUUUGUUUCAAAGAUGACAAUAUCCCAUGUUUACAUAGAUCACGAUUACACAUGUAUUGAUUUAACUUUUGUCCGAAGACACCAGCCACAAAUCAAACACAAUUUGAGUUCGUUUGGCUUCAAACCGUGACGCCGCCGACCCGUAGCUACGCCCGUUAGCACAGCAUACGCGGGAAGUCCGCUAACCUGUUUUUGGGGGGUUUGUUCGGGUGACGUUCCUAAUAUAGCGGCGUGGUGUGAACGGGAGUGUAAUUGGUUGUUUUUCUGUUUGCAUAUACAGGAAGUGCCUUGCCAUUGACCAACGGCCAACGUCUUGCCCAAAGUCAGCCGGGAUAGGCUCUGCGGCCCUCAUGCGGUUAAGCAAUACAGAAAAUGGACGGAUAGUACAAAAUAGAAUAUAGUCAGACUGAAUUCAAGCAUUUCAAUGCUAUUUGGUCAUGAGGCGAUUUGAAUUUCGAUCCGAGAAUGUCGCCAUAUGAAUGGCUACGCAAGUCAUUUGUCUUUAUCCUCCAAGGAUUUCCUCCCAUACCUUUUCAGCUCGAUGUGUAUUCGUGUAUUGCAACAAACAAAGCGUUUGCCAAGAAAACGGUAUGUGCUCGGUAUCGGUGCUAUAGGAUCAGUACGAUAGCAAUACUGUGACUGACUUCCUGGCGGCCCAGUAAAAAUGGACGCCUGACCUUUAAGAUUUUGAUAAUAUAUAUAUAUAUAUAUAUGUCUUUGUUUGGUCAUGAUUCUAACAAUAUUGAACGUUAUUCCAUGUAUGUGCAGAGCAGCUCCAUGCUGAAGUGUGUUACGCAGAAUGCCAACUGCAAAGAGCUGCUCUCACCUUCCUGCAGACAGUUGCAUUCCUAUGUCAAAUCUCAAACCUGUUUUAAAGGACCCAGCCACAAUCACUUAGAGGGCGGGAUUUCUUUUGGAAUAGGAGCAUUUAAUCUGACGCUCUCUUUAUUUCCACCGCGGAUCCUCAAAGUUUUAGAGUUUGCAGGCUUCUCGGGAGAUAAGGAGUACGGUCUGUCCCUGCUCGAUGAUGGCGCGACAGCAUUAAAUCUGCGCUCCAUGCUGUGUGCUCUGCUGCUGCUUUGCUACUACACCUUUCUCACAUUCAUACUAGGAACGGGUGAGGGACAUGUGGUAGAAGCCGAAAGACUGUUGAAAAUAUUCAGGCUCCGCUAUCCUCGGGGAGCAAUAUUCCUCUUCUUUGCUGGCAGGGCAGAGGAGAUGAAAGGAAACAUCGACGAGGCGGUGGCUCUAUUUGAAGACGGCUGCAAGGCCCAGCAAGCGUGGAAGCAGUUCCACCACAUGUGCUACUGGGAGCUGAUGUGGUGCUUCACCUAUAAGCGAGCGUGGAAGAUGGCCUAUUUCUAUGCAGACCUGUUAAGCAAGGAAAGUCACUGGUCCAAGGCUAUGUACAUCUACAUGAAAGCUGCUUAUCUCAGCAUGCUGCCUAAGGAAGAGGAACGCCCCUUUGGAGAGGAUGAGGUGGAUCUCUUUAGACAAGUGCCUGCCUUCAAGCAGAAGAUAGCAGGCAAGUCUCCCCCCACUGAGAAAUUUGCAAUCCGCAAAGCUCGCCGCUACACUGCCCGCUGCCCAGUCAGGCUAACAGUGCCAGUGCUGGAGAUGAUGUACAUGUGGAAUGGUUUUAGUAUGAUCAAAAAGCAACCGGAGCUGACUGAAGGCGUGAUGCAGACGCUAGUGGAGGCUGAGCGCACCCUGUUGGAGUCUCCAGAGAACGAGUAUACGCUGGAUGACCGGUGUGUAAUCCACCUACUGAAGGGAAUGUGUUUGAAAAACCAAGGGCUCCUCCAGGGUGCUGAGGAAUGCCUUCAGAAAGUUUGUUCUCGGGAGAAGAAGCUCAGGUUCGACCACUAUCUCAUUCCCAACGCCCUAGUGGAGCUCAGUCUCCUCUACAUUGAACAAGGCCGAAGAGACGAGGCCAUCAAACUGCUCCACAAGGCCAAACACAACUACAAAGAAUACUCUAUGGAAUCUCGUACGCAGUUCAGGAUCCAUGCCGCUCUGGCCAAACUGAAGGCUGGCUCUGUCGAUGCGGAGGAAACUCGUCUGUAGGGAGACUGGACAGCCAUCAUUGGAGACGAUCUUCAUCUGUGGUCAUCGUGACGCUCCCGGCGUUGUAGCGCAGUUUUAUACAUCUAUACAUUUUCAUCAAGGAAAUGCUGGGUUUCUAUUCAGCUUUGCCUUUUAAGACCCGAUUGGCCUCUAACAGUUGAAAAGGGUUCGAUAGUAUUGAAGAGAGCUUUACUUUUAUAGAAGACUACAGACUUGUGUAUAAAGACAUUUCGUUUAAUGGACGAUGUUUACAUUUAAAUAACCUGAAUCAACCGCUGAUUAAAGUCACUCUAAAUAACA